GUAAUUGGCGAGUUGAAGAAAUCAAAAAUGGAGGCAAUGGAGUACGAUUUCGGAAGUCUGAAGCUGCGCUCACGUGCGCUGGCCACGCCAUGGAGUGAGUGCAAUCGCUGUGGCACGUCAAAAGGCGAAAAGAGACGCAAAAUCGUUUGCUAUUUGUCGCUAGCACCUGAUGUGACAUACGAGGCAGUGUCGGACACCGAGAUAUCGUAUAUGCAGAUGUUCGCUGAGGUGCCUUGCCGCAGCUCGCUAGUACCAUCACAAAUAAGAAGUGUCUUAUGGUCCAUUAAGGACAUCGUCCACGUUCAAAGUUGUUAUGUAAGUUCCUUAACUGAAUGA